GUUAGGGAAAAAAAUAGAGAGAUUCUGGUGUGGUGUUAUCAAAGUGAAGGACUGAACAAGUUUCAUCAUUUGGAGGUAGUCGUCAUGUUGGAAGUGAGAAAAAAGGAGGAGAUUUUUCCUGAAGAGGUUUUAAGGGUUUACAGAGGGAUUUUACACCUGGCAUCAAAAUUAGGUAAGUUUAAAUAGGUAAAACAACAACUUUGCACGUGCAUCACGCUUUUUUGUUCAUUUCUUUGCCGUCACUGCACAGCUACGACGUAAAAGUGCCUAAUUUCAAGCCCCUCGUGCAAACGGACGCAACAUUGUUGGCCAACAACUCCCAACAUUGUUGGAUGUUACAUGAUGCAUCCGUUUGCACACCCUGUUGCAUGUUGUUGGAUGUUGUUGCGAGUUGUUGCGCAAAGUUUGAAACCGGUCAAACUUUUCAGCCAACAACUCCCAACAUUUCUUUUGUUCUGUGAUCGCCGAAGCGUAGCGCAACAAUGUUGGAUCCGUUUGCUCGGUUCGUCCAACAUUGUAGGGGACACGCACAAUGAUUACGCAUGGAUUACAAAGACCUAUGGGUUGUAUUCUUCCCACGAUGCACUGCAGGUCCAUUACUUGUUGAGAGUUGUUGCAUCCGUUUGCACACCACUGCCAACCCGCACGCAACAACUCCCAACAUUGUUGGCGCAACAAUAGGCUGAUUUAGCAACAGAACGAGAGCGUUAGUUGACGACGGCGCGCGCAAACUAACAACUGGCUUGACCAAUGGCAAAGUUCAGGGCGGAGAAACGUUCUGCGCAAGCUUCUGCGCAUCCCUUAUCGCAGGCUCAAGGCAGGCUUUUCUGUGUGUUGACUGUGUUUGUUUGUUGCUGGAGUUCCGAGUGAAAUACACGAGGUGCGAACGUUUGCUCCCUGUAAAGCAUUUUUAUUUGACAUGUUUGCUUUUUUUUCGUCGCUUGAAAAUUACUUUGGGUUCAGAACAACCAAUGUUAAAGGAAAAACGGAUCAUUCCGUCAGUCUGAGGUGGAAUAAACGGUUUUGAACAUUUCUUAAGAGGCGAGUAUUUUUCUGAUUGUGCAUCCGAUUAAUUUAUGAGUUUAUUUCGCCGGGUUGAAUUAAACCCACUUGUAUUCUGUUAUUAGUAGUUACGGUUACUUUUUUUACAUGCCCAGAUUUAUUACCCUUGCAGAACCAGCUUUAUCUUUGUCUUCAGUCAAAGAACCAUAUUGCUGUUAUAACGCAUCAAACAACAACAAAACUUGUGCGCUUAUUAAACUUUCUCGGAAAUUAGAAGGCCAACAAACUUACUCAAGAUCAUUGUUUUUCUGUUGCUCAAGUAAUAAUAGUCAGAGUUUUUUUCAUUUUUCAUUACAUAGUUUUGUUUUCCAGUGCACUGUGAAAGUUUCUGUUCUUUAUAAGAAUAACUUUCUGUACGCAAAUUGUCCUUUUCAUUCGAGGUGAAAUAGAGAACGACAACUGCCGGCAGUGACUUCAAAACAAUUGACUCUUUUCCUGUAAACAAUUGCUGCAGCUUGAUUUGACUGAGGCGAGCAAAACAAACCCUUAUGUGCAAUUUUCUGUAUUUUCUAAUGAUCGGCUGAGUUUAAUUUGCUUAAACGAAGACCUUCGCAUGGACCAGUUAACCAUAUUGAAAAUAGCUAAAUGGUGAAUCAUGACUUGGCUGCCAAGUUACAACUGAUCUUUUGCUUUUAAGAUCUUUAGGUAGGUUGUUUUCGCAGAGAAAAUUCAUUUCUUCAUUGUCAGCAAGAAGUUUUUGAAAUAAGGUAACUUUAACUUUGUUUGAAGGAAACCCUACUUACCCGUAGGUUUUUGACAGAUGUUAUGCGUGUUCACAAACUUGACAACACAAAGCAAAAUUUAUAUAUCUGCGCGAAACGAGCAAGUUUAGAAAACUAUAGUUGCUUUGAAACCGAUUUUUGGGAAGAUUUUACUUUAUAAAGAUUGACCUUUUUUCUGCCCGGAUAUCAACGCAAUAACUUCUACAUCGAGGAUUUUGUUUAUAUUUUAGUGAUCCGCGAAACUACGAGUGUCCGAUCGAGCGAGGGUUUAAAAUAUCAGCUCGAGUGCGACAAAGUUCACUGACUUCAAACACAUUGUGGGCAAGCGUUAAUUUUUUUGGGCAAAUCACUGUCCAAAGAUAUGCUGUUUUUGUGUCCACAGUGGAGUUCCGGACCUUAUAUAUCCAGGAACUUCCUUAUGUGAACACAUUUUGUGAAUACAUCUUGAAAAAAAUCGGACCUACGCAUGCACAUUUCCAGCACAACGCAAGGAAAUUAAUGUCGUUAAAGUCCGUUUUACUAUGAGGUAUUCUUCAAGAAAAUUAAGUAACGACAAGGUUAUAACCACAGCUUGCAACUUUUGAAGACAAAUACACCGUAUUCACAAAUGGCGGACACGCGGGAAAAAACUGGUGCCUAGUCAUGAAAGCGAGGCGUUGGAGGAUAAACAAAAAUUGCAAAUGAAGACUUUCAGUGAACUUCCAGAGUGUUUAGCACCGAUUCCACCUAAAAUAACUUUGUACGGACUUCUUUUUAAAUACAGUUACGUGGGAUGUCUUCUGCUUUUAAUGUUUAGUAAUGAUUGGCUGUUUGCAAUCAAAAGGGACGCGUAUAUCUGCAAGGAAAUAGGAUGAUUUUGUAGGUUUUCGAGUCGGUUUCCGAAGCAUCAGAAGCUCGACAGGUGGACGAUGACUGAAGAAAAGCGGCAAACAUGUUGGCCCAAACUUCACAUUGAAACCGAGUACGAAAGCCAGCUCACUGCAAUUCGGUGAAACAGAAAUAUAAACAAAUCUUAGUGGCAAGAAAAAAGAAAUAAGCGACAGAUACAUGGCCUACUUGUUAACGCAAGAGACGUCUGCCGUUGAACAAAACAGUUCAAGUCGAGAUGCAAAAAAGGAAGACAGGAAAGAAGAGGUGACUGAGGUUUCGAUGAGGUUAUGUUUGAUUUUUGUUUGCCAGGACGUUAUUCUCUGGUCUUUAUCAAUGAAGGACGUCAAUUAUAACUAUAUUUUUUAUUAUAAAUGCAGGAGCGAUCGAGUGGAGUACGCUCAAAAUUUCAACUUGUUACUCGGCAGACUCGGUAAGCCAGACGCAUCAUUUCAGCGAGUAAUUUCGUAUUUCUCAUCGUUGGCUGUUAAGAGUUUUAACUUUAUGUUCCAUUAUAUUUUAAAGUUGAAGAAUACAUAAAUAAAUAAAAUGAUGGUCUUCUUAAACGGAUCCAGACUCGAAUUUAAUUAUUCGAAACAGAAGCUUGCCAUGUUCAGUCCUGACACAAACAUUGCCUUAGAAGUUUAACCUAGUAAAAUGUAAGCUUUAUACCACUUUUUUUUACCAAGAGCUCUCUGAGAUAAUGCCCUAAAGGAGACCAGGCAAAUAGCAAGCCAUAAGAUUCACACACUACAGCUUCUAAUUUUGAUAAAAUUAUUUUUAAUUAUUUCGCAAUGACAACGAAAUCAUGAGAUUUUUGCUAAGCUCUGCCAACGUACCUCUAACAAUUCGCUCCAAAGCGACAGAAUUAAUAUGAUCCAAAGGAAGUUGUAAAUACAGACAUACAUAUAUACAUAGAUAUGUAUAAAAUGUCACUAACAUGAAUGAAUGAGCCUCGUGAAUGAAUCUUUCACCCGCUCUCAGCUUGACCUGUUUUCAGUGGCCAUAUAUCCGUCGCUUAUUUCUCUUUUUCUCGCCACCAAUAUCUGUUUUUAUUUCUGUUUUACAGAAUUGUAGUGAUCUGGCUUUCGUAUUCGGUUACAGUGUGAAGCUGGGCCAACAUGUUUGCCGCUUUUCUUAAGCCAUCGCCCACUUGUCGUGUCCUGCUUCUGAUGCUUCUGAAACCUACAAAAUCAUCCUGUUUCCUUGCAGAUAUACGCGUCCCUUUUGAUUGCAAACAGCAAAUCAUUACUAAACAUUAAAAGCAGAAGACAUCCCGCGUAACUGUAUUUAAAAAGAAGUCCGUACAAAGUUAUUUUAGGUGGAAUCCGUGUUAAACACUCUGGAAGUUCACUGAAAGUCUUCAUUUGAAAUUUUUGUUUAUCCUCCAACGCCUCGCUUUCAUGACUAGGCACCAGUUUUUUCCCGCGUGUCCGCCAUUUGUGAAUACGGUGUAUUGCUUAUUCUUUCCAGGUUAUGAGUGGAAGCAUUUUAUUUUUAGGCAAUAAAAUAUUUGAAAUCCCGCCUUUUUUUCAAACCCGGUCAGGGGAUCUGGGCAAAAAAGUUCACGCAUGCGCAUUACGUUUUUCCGCCCUGAAAUGGCAGAGAGGCAAAUUGGGCAUCGGAAGUCGUGUUUAGUCCUUUCCGCGCGCUUUCCCGUCGUCAACUGACGUUCCUGUCCUGUUGCUAAAUCAGUCCAAUGUUGGGAGUUGUUGCGCCCGUUUGCACGCAGCCUCACGUUUUGUGGAGGACGUGAACCCAAGACAACGACUUUGUUUUUCUUUUCCCAAACUUCAAUACAGUCCUUUAGAAUUCAGCUGCAGAAAAAUUUACCAACAUUGGACAAACUGAACACGAUGGAGUAAGGGCGAAAAGUUUGAAGCAGCGCGAAUUUACUAUUUAGCUGACGUUUACGCAGCCGUCGCUGACCUUGCUGCUAAGCUCCCUAAAAUGUUUCAGUGUUCUCAACAAGGGGAAUCAGAUUUUGCAGAUGUGUCAGUGUGCAGCGGGCGCAGCGUGCGCUAGUAAAUGGUUUCUUCUAAAUUGUUGCGGGAAUUAAUCAUGGAUACUUUUUUAAUAAAAGGGCAAUAUGCAACUUACGCAAAGAAUAUUUCAUUGACAGACUCUUGUUAUCACUUCUGUAAGGGAAAAGUGAUGAUGUUUUUUCUCAGAAAACUAGAUAUCUUUACUGUUGGUGGAAUUUGUAAGGUUGUUUAUUUGUUCAUUUUCUGUUUUUUGGCAGGCAAUAGUUUCCAGCAUGGCAAUUACUUGUCAAGCAAUGAUCAGUUCCUUGAUAGCUUAGAUGAUGCUGGCUUCAUUUUUGUUUCAAGUGAAGUCAAGGUGGGCUUUUAGUUACUAAAAAUUGCAGAAGUCAGAAAACAACUGCACGGCAGGCGAGCAAACUGUUUCACAAAGGGAUAAGCCUUUAACUUGCUGUUUUUGAAACGUAAUCAAGACAGGAAACGACACUCUUGAAAGUGUACGCAGUUCGAGAAAUUAAAAGUGAAAUAAAGAUAUGGCAACUAAGGACAACAGAGUACAGUUGCUUUGCAUUUUCGAUGCAUUCUUGAUGGGGGAAGCGUGGUCAUCUCUCCACUAUUAAAUGGGGAGUUUAGGCUAAGACCUUUGUCACCGACGCACACCGACCGGAAGUGGUUUUUUUUGCAAAAUUCGGCAGUAGUUUCGCUUAAAUUUCUGGGCAAGUCGUUUCUAUAAGAGCAAAGACACUAAGCUUUACGAAUUUAGCAGUGUCAAGAUAGCUUAAAGAGGAAAACGCCUUACUUCCGGUUGGCUUGCGUCUCUUCUCUGUCUACGCGGUACCUUCAUGAGCUUGCGACGAAUGGGGAACAAAAUCAGGCCAUAUAUCUCUCAUGCGUAGUCCAUAUUCCGUGGUAAGUUUACCAAAGUUCAAACCAUUUAAACUAUUUGUUUGCCUUACAACAGCCUAAACCUCCCGGCCUGAGGCAAAUGCGGGGACCUUUCUUGUAUGGACUUCUCGUGAAACGACUUGAAUUACAGGCGGCCAUGUUUACUCCCAGCAGACUUCUUCUUCGAAUGGGAUACGAUAUGAAGAGUAAGGAUUUGUUGUUAAAUAUUUCACUUUCUUUCUUAAAAGUUUUUGUAGGUUAUUUUUUCCCUUCUUGCCAUUCAGAUCAUAGCAGUUACAAAGUGCACAAUAAACUAUCUAAUUCUACCCCUUAAAGAUCAACGCGUCACGAAUGUUAUCAACGAAAAAAUGUGUCCCUAAUGCUACACUUUAACCGCGUAACUAUCCGGACAAAUAAUUUUGAGACGAUUUUAUAACGGAAAACCGCUCGAACGUUUUUUGUUAUCCUGUCCUUUUUAAGCUGUGAUUUUUAGGACAUACAUAAUAUUGUCCUGGCGUACGAUUUCUAUCUCCCGAAUUUAAGUAGAAGUAGAAUUUUCGUCUGGGGCGGAAACAUUUUGGGCCACGUUUUUUGCCUGAAAGCUUUUCGCCUAAACAUGCUGUUGGUUAAAGUAGACUGGAAAAUAUUACGUCACUGCUUAGUUACUUUAAACUUUCGUCCAUCCUCGCCUAAUUUCGCUCUUAUUUGUCUCUGUGUUUAUUCCUUCAGGUUUCCCUUUCCCGUUGUGGAAUUGUCGAGACCGCAAGCCAAUAUACCUUGGCAAUGAAAAUCAAGACAGAUUCUUCCAUACAGUGUUUGCCAUGAACAAGUAUUUGGUGAGUGUUAGUCUGCGUAGCAUGGCGGUUUUGUUGCUCCCGCCCCAAUCUCCUCGCGGUUUCUCUGCCCUCGCCCACCUUUAUUACUUUGUGCGCCCAACCAAAACCGCCAUGUCACGCAGGCUAGGUGAGUGUCGGCUUAGAACCCUUUUGCACCAUUUUUGUCACUCAGAGGGUCAUUCUAUCCACUAUAUCUUUCAUUUAUUUAAAUGUAAAGUCAUAUCAAGGCUUAAACUUUCUCAAAGUCCUUCGCUUCUCAUUUCCGGUUCCGGUAGUUGGCACAAGCGCUCUCUCGCCCGCUUUUGCCGAAGAAAACAUAAAAAAUCUACCCUUCGCGGUUCGCGCUCGUGAAAAAAUUUGAGCUCGACUUGUAAGCAAGUCUAAUCAAAGCUCCCCCUAAAGGUUUCUAGGCUCAGUCUCAAGUCGUGGAUGUCUAGAGAAUAUUGUUUUCGCAGAUCUCCACUCUCGCGCUCGAAUAAUCUGUUAGCGAGAUAACAAGGAAUCUGAAUCUAGGUCACAGAACAUAAUUCACCAGGAUUAUCUGAAAGAGCAGAUGGGACACGAUUUAGCCAAUAGAAAACAUUUCUUACUUUUUGAUCUUCACAUUUAUUUCCUCGCUUACAGACGUAUAAGAUGUCUAUUAACACAAUUCAAUGAAGUGAAGGAUGAUCAUCGCAGUUAUAUACGCAACUUUUGCAGUUGCAUAAAGAAAGCCUGAAAGAAAUUCAGGCUUGUACGGGAUUCGAACCCUUGACCUCUGCGAUACCGGUGCAGCGCUCUACCAAUUAAGCUAACAAGCCUACUGGGAGCAGGUCGUUGAAUUGGUUCGUUAUAAACCCGUGAAAGGAUGAUGAUGAAGUUAUGAAUAUAUGAAAAUCAUAUAUGUGAACUGCGGAGUUAAAAAAUGAAAUAAAGGAUAAUCCUCGCAGUUAUAUACGCAACUUUUGCAGUUGCGAAAAAAAAGUCGGAAAAAAAAGGUCAAUGGUUCGAAUCCCGCACAAGCCUGAAUUUUUUACCACUUUAUUUUUGUUCUUUUUCUUUAUUUUUUCUAUCACUCUUCCUGCCGUAAGGAUCAGUUUACUGUUUUGAGUUUAAAAUUUAGUGACCUGUAAUGCAGUUCGCGUAACGAAUGUGACCAUUUUAAUGGAAAAUGAGCUCGUUCUUUCUUGGUUUAAUUUAAAAGAGACUUUCUAACGCUAAUGAUGUUAAGACUAAUUGUUAUUUCGAACGAUUUGACUGCCCUUCAUCAGCUUUGAGGGUUUUUCCUAUAACUGACGUUGCUAUCGUGUGCACAGGUCAUGGCCGUCUUUACCAGUUAGCUAUAUUCUGGAUUCUGGAUCUCGCUGAAACAAUAACUUUGCUUUUGCUAUUCUUUCAAUUAUUGCAGAAAAACAGUGUGCCUGAAGCGAUGGUUCCUGGUCUGUGUGUUGUCAAAGAAGAUAAUAAAGUGGUUUUACAGAUUCCAAACAGUGGCCAAACAGCGGUAUGUUGGGUAACCACUUUAAAAUCUCGAACGGGAUUUCUCUUUAAAAUGCUUUGCUUUUUUAUGCGGUUGUGGCUUGCUUUUGCACGGUUGUUUGCUUUAGAUAUCUUUUGUAGUUUGAAUUAUGUAUUCUCUCUUGUUUUAAUCUCAUUAUCGUACAGUAAAAUAGCAGAAAAGAAGGGGCCCAUAAUUUAAACCAAUACUAAAAUUAACUGCAACAUAUCCAUCUUCGGAGAUCCAGUGGCAACUUGAUUUGGGACGUCAUGUUUAUGGGAUAAAUCAUUGCAAAGCUUGAAGUGACAAAAAGAAUGUAUGAGCCUUGAGCGCUAACUCCUAUCGAAGCAGUUCCAGAUGUAUUUGAUUCGUUGCUUCUGAUUGGUCGAAAAAUCCUUUUUUAUUAUAACUGAGCGAUUUUCCGCGCGCUGAUUGGUCAAGAACUAUGAUCGAUAAGAUUGCAGAACCAUGGAAAGGACGCGACGGGUGGCGCAAUUUGUUUUCCCUUUCUCGCGCGUGGAUUUUCCGAGAAACGUCAACGGAAAUGAACCUCAAAAACUGUCAAUGUUAUCGUAAAAAACAAAUCUGCAACACUUGUCACGGUCUAUACUCUUAUUGACCAUAGAAAUGACGUCAUAAUGUUCAAAACUUUGCAGUGAGCCCCUGGUUCCACUUGAUUUUUGAACAUUUUGACGUCAUUUCUUUCUAUGGUUGAGGAGAGUACAGACUAUGGAAAAUUGUUGUCGAUUUGUUAACUUGUCAAUCAGAGACAACGAGAGACUGAUUUGGAGAGGAACGAGAAUGUAAAACGUUUUAUUUCGUUCUAUUUCCUUACAUAUUUCUUGAAAUAAGAAUGUUCUCAGUUCUUGGUCAUACCUUGCAGGUGGUCAACCUUUUGGAUCGUCUUAUUAAGAAGGAAAACCAGACAGCCACUGUACCUCUCGUGUCUGAUAUACCACCGUAUGUGGAUAAUUGCCAGGUCGUUAUCUGUAAUGAACGUGGAGGCAGAUCUAUACAGUCUUUUGGAAACCCAGCCUGCGCGUCAGGUAAAUACGAGAACUUAACGUCUCUUUUUAGUUAGCUGAGUGGCCCAGAUGGACGGGCGGUACGGGAAGACUGGAGAGAGAAAACAGCUUCUAAUCUUUUCCCCAAUUUCUCAUCGGUUGAAAGUAUUCUUGCUCGUUCGUUAGCUCCAUAAGAUCGGCCCAAUCUUUACCCUCAAAAGGACAGAGAAGGCGCUGACCAUUUGCCAUUACGUUUUUGAAGGCAGAAGAGGAUCCCUUUACUAUUUCGACGCGGACAACUUUGUUAAAACCAUGAAGAUAUGAAUUUUGGCUGCUGCAAAUGUAAAGGGCACUGUUUCAAUUCACGCUCGAAUGAAAUUUAUUUGACGAAUUACUGGUCAGUAAAUCAAUACAAACAACAUCGCACCAAUCAGGUGCUCCGCUGCUGGAUGAAUGAAGUUUUUCAAAAUCCCCAUUCGCCUCUUCAGAAAUGAGAAAGGAACUGGGGCCGAAAUUGCGUCCGGUACUUGUUUCUGGGAUCGUUACUGGGCAUGCGCCGGAGUAAGAGUCCCAGAAGUCUUUGCCAACCCUGACAUCCCAAUUUCCUUCUCGUUUGUAAAGGCGAAUUGUUUUUUCUCUCCUUUUUUGUGUUUCUUAUGCCGGGGAGCACAUCCUACGCAGGCACAAGUUGUGACUAAGAAAUGCGCAAGUCUCUUAAAGUUUAAUGUAUUUGUUUCAGUUCAAGGUCUCGGGUUUCUGAUGCUUCAUCUUGGGGUGGAUGCCUCGUCACCUCUUAGCUUUGGUGGCGAACUUUUAGAUGGUAAGUAUGUAUAGUCCCACAGGCAACCCAAGCUUUCGAUAAGAUGGCGAACAAUUGAGCUGACACGUGCUCUUUGCUGAUAGAUUACGAAAUCGAACAAUUUGUAACUUAAUAUUGGCGGAUUCGAACUAACCGAAGAUUCUCCUUUUGUCUCUGUUGCAUUGUCGUUUUUUCAUGGGAUUUGGGACUGUCUUUUAUGGCGCUUUGGGCUAUAUGAAAUGUUUAGAUGCAAAUUACUCACCGAAAACUGUUGGUCAGAUAAGUGGACUGGAGCUGAGACUCCUUAUGUUACAAGUCUAGUACUCUAACUAACCUGCGGAAGGACCGCCUGAUCACAAGUUAUUCUCUAACCAGAAAACACGCCUUCCUCUACAGAUCCUAAAUUUAUUCAACUCGUUAUGCUUCUUUUCUCUCGCUAGACGGAGUAUUGGUCUUUUUUUCUAAAGGCCACACACAGAAGCUUCGCCAGAGCUUGGAAGAGAAAACCAACUGUUACUUCUACCUGGGCGAUCGAUUUGAUAUUUCACACUUUGAGCUGCGCUGGGUGCAAGAUAUAAAUUAUGAUGACAUGCCUGAAACAGAAAUGGACGGCUCAUUGACCAACUCACAUCCAGCGCCAACAACUUCGGCAGAUACACCUGUGAAAGAACCUGGUGCUGAUUACUACCCAGGCCUCGCAACCAUCGACAUCCGGUACUCGGGCUACGGAAGUGAAAUUAGUCUUCUAAAGGAAGUGUUUGAAGAUCAUACAAAGAUUCUGCAUAUUUUGGAAGGAAACAUUCGAAGGGCGUGCACCGAGCCUCUUAUGAAGCAUGAGAGUAANAGAAAUGGACGGCUCAUUGACCAACUCACAUCCAGCGCCAACAACUUCGGCAGAUACACCUGUGAAAGAACCUGGUGCUGAUUACUACCCAGGCCUCGCAACCAUCGACAUCCGGUACUCGGGCUACGGAAGUGAAAUUAGUCUUCUAAAGGAAGUGUUUGAAGAUCAUACAAAGAUUCUGCAUAUUUUGGAAGGAAACAUUCGAAGGGCGUGCACCGAGCCUCUUAUGAAGCAUGAGAGUAAGAUGAAAGCUGGAGAACAUCUGGAUCUGCAGCUACGUGUUGUGCUCAAACCAAGUUAUAAGGUAGUAAGUAACGCCUGGUAUAUUCUGAGACAGUAGCUACAAUACUCGUCACAUUAGUUGGGACAAUAGUGGUAUUUUCUGCCCGUUCAAUGUUGGUUUUUGCGAGUCGCAAUGUCAAGCAAAAAAAAACCCUGGGAGGGAAGGAGCACAACUUUUUGUCGGAAUAUGGGUACAGCACAGGGUGCCCCAACUUAAUGUGACGAUGAUCGUAGAUACUGAAUUUUGUGGUAUUCAAUAAAGCGAUUCUGGGAUGACAAUGAAAGAAAAUACAGACUGACAAAUCAGUUAGUAGCGCGCGAAGGUCAUUAUCCACCUCACAUCGUUCGUUAAUCGAAUUUGCAAGGCAAUGCAAACCGAAGAAUCUCGCUUUGGCGACACUUGCCUUUCAAUACUGCGAUUGAGAGUUGAAUAGCGUCUUAAGAAUCUCUUCAAAAAAGAAAGAAUUGUUUACGUUUAUGUGAAUCCGCAAUAUUAAGUUUCAGUCCAGCCUUCGUGAUAAAGUUUUUUCUAUAUCGCUGAUAGGUCAUUUGUAAAAAAGGCGAUUUCCUUUCAAGAAAUAUCUUUUAUUGGGAAAAUCAUCGCAGUAUUUUUGAUUCUUUUCCAGUACAAUCAAAUCCUGCUUUACGGCCAAUUUGCUUUGUCCCUGGGGAAAGAAAGCCCUUUCAUUUUCUAUAAAUUCAACCCGCUUAAUGCGGACACCCCGUUAAUACAGACGCUAUCUAUGGCCCCUUCAGUGUCCGUUUUAAGGUAUCAUUCAGGGUAAAAAAAUCAUAAUUUUUCGAAAUUUGCAAUUUUUAAAUGAUUAAAUAGAGCUAAUCAAGAGCUUUCUUUUAAAACAAUUCCAGGAAAAAAAAUUUUUUUCUGUGCAGACUUUAUAUGGAGCGCAAAAGUUUUUUCUUUGCUAAUUAUCUUAAUUGAUCGUUGACAAGUUCUGCCAUACUUGAUACUUGUCAUACGGAGUGUGACUGUAUUAUAGACUCUGUUGACUGGAUGUCCGUAUCAAGCGGGUUUAAUCUAGGGAAAAUGUAAGGGUUUCUUUCCCCAGGGACAAAACAAACUGUCCGUAUUAAGCAGGUGUCUGUAAUGCGGGGUUUCACUGUACAGACAAAGAAAGUUUGGUUUUUAUGUGAAAGUAUGUUUGUAACCCAGCCUGAUCGUUUUUUUGUUUGUUUUAUUACAGAAAUGGUCUAUCGGCCCCAAUGAUCUGCCAACAGCUCUUAUCCGCUCUCUUCAAAUGGCCCUCUCCACUGUUAAGGUACCAGUAGUGUCCGAGGGAGAGUUGGUGAUGAGUUUUGAUGUCAGUGUUUUCAAGCAAUAG